UCAGUCCGCCUCCAGGGGGAGAACAAAAAUGGCGCCGUCCACGGGUUCGCAGAUUGUUUGGCGCUUCCCACAAAUAUUUACACUGUUAUCUGUGAUCUUAUCAUUGCAUGUAGGUUUUGCACGGUACGGUGAGCGAUGCAGAAUUCCCGAGACAUUGCAAGGCGAAUGGUACUCCAAGGAAUAUGGUGAUGACACCAACACUGUAAUAGAAGAGACCAGCGUCAACAAUCGGGGCACCUGCCUCAGCUUGCUCAACACCGCCAAUGACAACUUCACCAUUGUCUUCAAGCAGCCCAACAAACAGUGCUACUACUGUAUACGCUUCUUCGUCCGUACAUUAAAUGUACUGGAGAAGAUUGAAACUGGUUGCGUUAACCUGAACGAGGGUGAGGUCCCAAAUCGUGAGACAGUCUGCAGGACAUUGGACACGGCCCAAGAGCUCAUCACUUUGUUCUCUGUGAACCCAACGUCCAAGAACUGCCGCUCCAGCCUGGAAGGUGUGUGGAAGUUUGCGUACCGCAACAGCUACAAGUUCACGGGCGAAUGCAAACACCCGGAGGCUAAUAUCACCGCGUGCCAACGACCGGGGACGCAGUUCUUCCUCGUGAACCAGCAGUUGACCAUCAACUACCGCAAGUGCGAGGGCAUGGAAGAGACAGAGGACGGAGAAGUGCAAUUCAAGUGCCUCGGAGAUUGGUACAUCGGGAAGAACCAUUACUUUGCCGUCAUGAAUGCCAGGGAGAGCAGAAUUGACGAGAAGUACAGGUGCUUUCUGGCCAACAGGGACGACGAUUUGUUCAUAGGCGUUUCUAUUACACCCGAGUGCUCCAUAUUAAAGACUCCCCAGGAGUCACCCGAACGAUAUCGCUUAGAACAAGUGAAAACGGAAGUGGUACUUCCACGCUGCCAGUUCCCCGACAACUUCACGGGUACCUGGCUCAAUACAGCCAAUUUUGAUUCGGAGGUCAUCAUCAACAAGACCCACAUCGUUGAGCGCUGGAAGCCAGACACGGGGCGAUUCAAGGAACAGAUCUACGUCUGCAUCGAGAGGCGGCAGAACAGGGUGCUCAUGGCACGGCAUGGUAUUCACGGAUGUCAACGGGAUUAUGUCUGCUUCGAUUUUGUGCCACGACACCAGAGUGUGAUCCGUUACCGAAAAGGCAAAGAGAUGAUUGUCGGAGAAUUUUCAACCGUAUGUUCCUGGACAAUGUUUCCUGGCAAGGAGCGGUGGCGCUAUGACAUUCUUAUAUCGCAAGACCCAGUAACAAUCAAGUGCCCUGUGGCCGGCAAGUUCCGUUUUGAACAGCGUGGAGACAUUCCUUUUGAGACUCGAAUUCGUGGGGGCGUGACCCAAAUUCCACGCCCCAAUGUCUACUGUAAGGAAAACAUCUCCGAUUUCUCAGUCUGCGACCCUGAUCAACGUAUAAUCAGCAUCGAUGCAGACUACUGCAUCUCGGUUGAUUAUUUCGGACGCCCCAUCGACAUUUAUAGUGAACCAGACUAUCAGAUGAAAUGCAUAGCAUUCUGGAAAGAGAACUUACGCUCUUAUCUUAUCACCUACGAUGAACUGGAUGCUUACAGCAAAUUCCGCUGCUGGGUGUACCAAAGGGCCGAUUUAAACCGUGUCCUGAUGUCUCAGUCUGUGGGUGCUUUCUGUCACGUCAGACAGGACGUAGACAGUUACAACUUCUCUGAAGGAGCACAAGUUGCUUUGGACAUGGUAGAAUACGAACGUGAACACGACGACUGUCCCAUGUACUUCGAUGACGGCUCCAAUCCGUGGAGCUUCACUGCAGAGCAGGCAGCCAUACUUACAUCUGGGUCUAUUGUCGUCACGGUAACGCAGUACAUGCCCCUCAUUCUGUGCCUUAUGGUUGCUGUUUUUAACUGCGUUCUUUGUUCACGUUCAUGAUUUUUUAAGGCAGUUCAUACUGUCGAAAGAGAGGAGGAUAUUCAUCUGGGUAAUCACUAGGGUUCCGUGUUUUUGGCAUUUAUUCGUGGGGAGGUUCGGCGGGUGUUUUUUGGCAUUUUUAAGCUUUGUUAAAUGUUGACAUUUUUGCAAUUUAAAUUUUAAAUUUUUGGCAAUUCAAUUUAAAAAUUUUUCAUUUUUAUAAUUUCAAUUUUAAUUUUUUUGUAAUUUUAAUUAAAAAUUUUUGUAAUUUAAUUUUGUGCCAAAAAAAGAUGCAGAAAAAUUGGCAGCUAUAAUCAUCAGGGAGAAGGACUAUGGAAAAAGAGCAGCUUUGGGAACCCAAAGAAUUUCCUUGCCUUUGUUCGGCGGUUCCACGUGUUCUUUAAGCCUCUUGACCCACUGAUCAAAGUGGUGGAGGAAAGUUUUUCCCUGAACUUGAGGCUAGCAGCUACGCGGGGCGGUAUUCAUCGCGUUCCACCUGGAAACGAGGAGAAGGAAAAACGAAAAUGUGAUGCCCCGGAAGAACGAAAGUGCAAUCGGGUACCUACAGAAUUCUGAGUUUUUUGGAACAUGCCCCAUUACCCCAAAAAAAUAUUCGGGGGGUGUUUUUUGGCAAAUGCAGAAAACACGGAACCCUAGUGAUCACCCACAAAAGUGUGCUUCUUCAAUGAAGGAGUGCACGAAGCAUGAUCUUUUUAUACACAUCUCAGAAAUUGGCAUGUUUGUUGCAGGUUUUUCUUUUUUUGUUACUUGUGAACUUUUUUCAUAAGAUCUGAGGCAUUUUUAGUGAGACCACAAUCAUGUCAGUCACAGUGAGUCACUUUACCAAACAUUUGUAGUCACAACAUUGUCUCAACACAUACUACAGAAGUAUGUAGUUUAAUUUUGAGAACAAACACAUAUGCCUCCAAAUUUCACAGAGCAGUCUUAUAUCGCCAUUAGUAUGUCUUUUUUUUUUUUUUUUUUUAUGGCUGAACUCAAAGUCCUGCUGUUAUUUCAUGAUACAUAGUAUAUAAAGUUACAAUCAAACUCAUUGCACGCAGUCACAUAGAGAUAAAAAGCUAGGUUACAAGGCGUCAACACACAAUUUUGACAAGUUCACUGCACUCUUAUGAGUGUUAUGGGUUACCGACAUUCCACCAACGUUCCACAUUUUAAUAGUUCACUCAAAGCUCAAAUGUUUCAUCUAAAUAUUUCACACAGGUGUGCCUUUUCAUCUGGGAGUGUGUGUGUGUGUGUGUGUUGCAGCAGCCGUAGAAAAAUGGCUGUCUUCGUCACAAAUAUCUUGCAGACGACAAAACAUAAUCUUAGCAUUUAAUCAAACAUGCAAAUGUUGUUGUCUUUUUUUCUUCUUCUUCUUUCUUUCUCUACGGUUUAGAAUGAGAAAACCAAUUUUUUGUAUCGGGGAAUCAAGUGGUACAAGUUGGGAUAAUGUACUCUUCCUACGUUACUGUGCAUCAUAUUUUGCUCAUACUGCGCCGCUCAUUAAUCGAGCUGUUCCCUAACUGCCAUAUUUAUUGCACACUUAACACGCAAGUAACGUACCUCCAACGUGCCCCCAAAUGUUGGUACCUUUCUCCCGCAUAUAUCACGCACCCUGGCAUGGCCACCAUGUACUGCACAGUGUGCAGGUUUUAGUCUCAUAGUUAGUGCACCCACUCUGGCCAGAAAGAUGCGUUAAUUACGUGGGUAAAUAUGGCAGCUUAAAGGGGUUGCGACACGUCAUCCCAGGUUGUCCAAGAUAAACAUAAAUGAACCUGCAUUCUAAGUUUUACAGCGAAGAGUGUAGUGGAAGCGUAGAAAAUUGUCACCUCCAGUACCAAAACUCACCCAGCUCUGACAUCACAACAUGCGUCACUGCCACUGAGGCCGCGAGAGGCAGGUAACGUGCUUACGGCUACCAAUGGAAGUGGCCGCAGCUCUGAGGUCUCUGACGUCUGCGCUUUACACAGGCACGUGUUCUAGGGCUUGAAUCUCACCAAGUACAACACGUAGUAAUAAUUCUUUUUUCCUCAGUACUCUGGAGUGUAGUACAAUUAGACCCUGAAGUUUUAGGGUUAAACCCGAUUUCCCCCCGAAUUUGCACCCCGAAUCGAGGUUCACCGGUUUAGGGUUAAACCCGAUUUCUACCCGCAAAACUGCACCUAAGCUAGGCACCUCACGGCGAGGACAUACUAAUUUUUCACAAAAAUACACGGUUGAUCUCAACGUCUGAUACUCUGGAUAGGCUGUACAACGAACGUUUGUUCGACAAUAGAGCCCGAUUUAUCCCCAAAUUCAGUCUGAUGGUAAUUUUUCCGCACGAAUUUGCACGAAUUUUCGACAUCAAGUGAUUGACCCGAAUUUUACCCCCCGAAUUUGGAAAAAAAUAAAACCCGAAAACUUCAGGGUCUAAGUACAAUGCAUGCAUGCUGUAAUGAACCACAUCCAUCAAAGUGUCACAACCAUUUAAGUCCUCUUAUUACCUUUGUUUCAUCAGGUGUCAUUAUAUUGUAGCCUUAUAUUGUGUAGGGGGUGGCACCACAACUUGUCAUGCAAGCAAUGAUGUUUUGUGUCAGGAACCUUUGAAGUGAAUCUCUGCCCUUGAAUUAAACAUGCCCGUGCCCCAUUUAGGUACGCACACACACACACACACAUCAUCAUCAUCAUCACCAUCGUGUUUGUUCCAUUUAUUGCAGUAGCUGUACUGCAUAUGUUGUUUUAUAUGCUUAUACAUUUUGUAGUGCACAUUGUAGUGACAGGUAUUCAAAUGCCCCCAUUUUGUAUUCAGGAAAUGUUUUACAUGCCUUAAGGGUGAAGUGGUGCUACUGAAUAAAGUGUACAACACUUUGGG